CUGGUCCUGCCACAGCACAAAUCUCAGUCCACAGCUGGCUUCGUCGCCUUCGGCGACUCUUACAGUGCCGGAAUCGGGACGGGCAUCCAAGGUGUCGAAGACGAGUGUAGACACGGAGCGCACGCACAUCCGUUUCUAUCCUGUACCGGCUCUACCACUGGCGAUAUUCUGUCCGGGGGCGAGCAUAGCCAAAUCGACAGCUUCAACACCUCCAUCAACGCUGACUUUGCCGUUUUGUCCGUGGGAGGAAACGAUCUAGGCUUCUUUCGAGUCAUGAACGCCUGCAUCUUUCGCUUCUACAGCUUCUACUCAGGUACUUGUGAGGCGGCUCUCCAGGAAGCUGCCAAGCAGAUCGAAGGCAGCGAGUUUGAACAUCGGCUAGAGAUGGUCAUUAUGCAAAUCCUGGACAAGGUUCAGUGGGAGAAGCGUCCAUGGUUCAUCAUCACCGUCACUGGUUAUGCUCGCUUCUUUAACGCCGACACCGACGAGUGUGACAACUGCACACUUGGCGUCUGGUGGCAGGGCCCCAAACUCGAGCGGAAAGUACGUCGGAGGAUGAACGACAUGGUGCUGGCCGUCAACGGCAAGCUAAGAAUGUCUAUUGACGCCGUCAACGCCAAAUUCGCGAAGCCCAAGGUUGUAUUUGUCGACUAUGACACCAGGUUCGAGGGACACCGCUUUUGCGAGCCCAACGUAACGGAACCUGCAUAUAACAGGACCGAGACAUGGUUCUUCCUGGUCGGCGGGAAGGACAAUAACCCAAACACGACGGACCCGACGCCGGCACCGAACAGCACCAGCAGCGGUAGCGAACUGGCGUAUGGCCGGGUCUUGCCGCCCCUGUCGCCGCUCGUAGACCCGGGCACUUGUCUAGGCCCGGCCGAGCGAUCAGGAGAUUGGGGAUUAUUGGCUCUGUGCUACAUGGCCAUAGCACGGCAUAACGACCCCACGCUUCGAUUUGCUCGCGACAACAUAUUACGGGAGAAUUCGAUGUGGUACGUGCCAACAUAUUACGGGAAGACCUUCCAUCCGUGCGACAAGAUACAGCCCGAAUGCUCGCAAUGCAUCCGCGUGGGCAAGAAGUGCCCCGGCUACCGGGACCAGCUCUCUCUCAUGUUCCGUGAUGAAAGCACCAAGGUCAUCAAAAAAGCUCAUGCUCAGUGGGGGGUCGCUGAAGGGUCUGAAAACGGUGCCUCCCGGUCGUCUGUGUCGACCGCUCCGUCUCCUCCGCCGUCCUCCUCUCCAGCUUAUAGUCGCAAGAGCACGCCGACGAGCACCGGCGCAGCAUCACGGAACGGCAAGGCAAUAGCUUCGCCGGCAUCUUCUUUCGCCCUCACGUCUCCCUCGUCGUCGUCACGUUCCGCAGGCUCGGCAUCACCGAUAGCGCUUCCAGUCAUCAAGCAAGAACCCGUCCGCGAUACGAGCCCCAUCAGCAUUCGCGUUGGUCCCACCCUAGAAGAGCAAGGCCUGCAGUUCUACGUCAACCGAUACCUUGUUGGGCACCCAGAUGAGGUCAAAUCAGCACAAGACCUCGCCGGAGAGCCCUGGGUAUGGCAUCCGGCUCUACAAGAUGUUAUGACUGCCGUGGGUCUUGCCGGGUUAUAUAACUUGACGGGCAACGUCGAAAUGAUGGCAACGGCGCGAGAAAAGUACGGCUCGGCCCUCCGACAGACGGGAAAGUUGAUUCGCCCGCCACAUAACCCCAGCAUAGAUGUGACAAUGCGGGCCGUGGUUGCGCUUGCCAUGUUUGAGGUGGUCAAGGGAACUCAUCACUCGACCGGAACUGUCCAUGCCCACGUCAUGGGUGGCGCCGCGCUGAUGAGAAGCUGGUGCCCGAUGCCCAGCGUACCAUUCGGAGGGUUCAGAGCGUUGCUACAGCUGUGCUAUUCAAUGGUGAGCGCCGGCGCGCCUUCGUCUCCGGGUAAUGAUGUUGACUUGGCGAUUGUGCAGUUCAUCCCUCUCCACGUAGCGGGGUCGCCGAUGCCUCCGGACUUUUACGACUGGGUCUCGUACGGGUCGCAACUUCAGAUUCCCAUAGACCGACCCUCGUCGGACUUGGCAGUUCUGAUCGCCCGAUUUGUCGAAAUUUCUUCCUUUGUCCAAAGCCAUGUCAUCAGCGACGGCAAACCCAAGACGACUCACGUCAUGCAGCAACUCCUGGACCUCGAUACCGACCUAGCAGCGUGGGAAGCGGGACUGAAGGGCGCCUGGGAAUACCGUGUUGUUCAUGCAACCCAUCUGCCCCAAAAGGCAGUCUUCGAAGAUGACGAGCAAACGAUCAAAGUCGCGUCGAAGAAGGAAGCCAAGGAUCGCACUAAUGGCGUUAUAAAGCUCAAAAAGCAACCACCCAAGCACAACAAGCCUGGAAAUUGGAGAGAAGGGAGUGUGAUUGAUGAUGAUAAAAAAUCGAAAAGCUCCGACUCUGCAUCCAUCUCCGUAGCCUCGCCGGGGCCCGUCGUUAACCCUCUCGACGACAGCGCGCGGGAAGCAUUCGCGACCGGGCGACCUCUUGAAGACAGCCCCGACCUGCAACAAUGCAAACACUGCAAAAAGAGCAUUCUCAAGACAGCUGCCAAGGCGCAUAUUGCACAGUGCCUUAGAUUGAAGAAGGAAAAGGCACAGCGCAAGAAGGAGGCGAGGGAGGCUCGUGAAAGAGCGAAAGAGGCUGCGAGAGAACAGGAGGCCAGGAAGGCAGACGAGGACGGCGACGGCAAAGGUGAUGACGACAGCGACGGCGAUGAAGACGGACUUGAAAAGAAGGCAACGGGCAGCAAGACUGCCAAGAAAGCCGCUGGCAAGAAGACAGACGGCGAGGCUGGCAAAGGCAAAAAACGCAAAGCUGACGGUGACGCCGACAAGGGGCCGAAGCAGAAAAAGAAGAAGGAAGAACCCAAACCGAAGGCUCCCAAACCCAAAGGACCUGUGGAUGUCGAGCGACAGUGUGGUGUCCUGCUACCGAAUGGCCAGCCGUGUGCGAGGUCCUUGACCUGCAAGAGUCAUUCUAUGGGUGCAAAGCGUGCGGUUGCUGGCAGAUCUUUGCCAUACGACAUGCUUCUGGCCGCCUAUCAGAAGAAGAACCAGGCUAAGCAGCAGAAGGCUGCUCUUGAUGCCAAUGCACCGCUGGAAGACGAGGAUGAGGCCAAUGCCGGGCCGGUAGACUCGGACGAGGAGACGGCCGCUGUCAUGAAUGCGCUUGCGCACUGGAACCCGCAACCGGUCGUGCCGCAGCCGAUGCUCAACCCGAUUAGGAGGCAGUAUCAGCUGGCGCGCCUCCACGAGCAAUUGCAAAUGGCAACAAAUGGGGGCCGAACAAACAUCUUCAAGGUUGUUGGUUUUGGUGCGCAGAAGUUGCCCGACGGUCACCCAGGACUUGUGGACACGGAGGACGCGCCGGGCGAGCCAGACACUGUGGUGAACUUUGGAGCCGCUCGCAGAUCUUCAAGUUUCAGCAUGCAGGGGCAGCCACAGCGUAGGCAGUCGCUCACAAGCAGGGCAUGA